UGGGGAUGAGCCGGGGGGGGCGGCAGGGGGGGGACAACGUCCCCUCGGAGCUGCUGGGGGAGCAGGAGAACCUGCGGAUCUUCGAGCUGCUGGGCAGGAAAUGCGUGACCCUGGUGACCGCCGUGGUCCAGCUGGUGGUGGCCGAGCCCGGGGGGGUCCCCGGGGGGGUCCCCGGGGGGGUCCCGGGGGGCUCCUGGAGCCUCCGGGGCUGCGGCGUCGCCUGCCUGGUCCGGGACAGCCCCCGGCGCUCCUACUUCAUCCGCAUCUUCCGCCUGCCCGCCGGGGAGCUGUGGUGGGAGCAGGAGCUGCAGGGGGGGAUGGGCUACAAGACCCCCACCCCCUUUUUCCACACCUUCGUCAGCCACGAGGGGUGGGCGGGGCUGAACUUCGCGUCGGAGGCCGAGGCCGCGACGUUCGAGGGCCGGGUCCAGGAGAGGCUGCGGCGGCGGCAGCAGCGGAGCGAGAAGCAGCUGCUGCCCCCUCCCCCACCCCCCGGCCAUGAGCGUCGGGGGAGCCUCCCCAGGACCCCCAACCCUGAUGGCCCCCCCAUCCCGGCCGUGCCCAUCCCCAACCCCGACAUCACCCCCAGCCGGUACCGGGGGCUGCCCAGCCCCCCCUCGGGACCCUCCCCCACCUCGGGACCCCCCCCUGCAGCCGGGACCCCCCCCGGGGAACAGAAAAAGGGGAGGGGGCGCAAGAAAAUCUCCAAGGCCGAUAUCGGGGUCCCCUCCGGAUUCAAGCACGUCGGUCACAUCGGGUGGGACCCCAAUGGUGGCUUCGAUCUGGCGGCCCUGGACCCCGCCCUGCGGUCCCUCUUCGCCCAGGCCGGGAUCAGCGAGCGCCACUUGGCCGACGCCGAGACCUCGCGGCUGAUCCACGACUUCAUCGAGCGCCAGGGGGGGCUGCAGGCCGUGCGCGAGGAGAUGCGGCGCCAGGGACCGCCCCCUCCCCCACCGGGCCGUGGGAGCCCCGCCCCUCCCCCCCGCCCCUCCCCCCCCCCUCCGGCCGCUCCCUCGGGGGUCCCGGCCCCUCCCCCACCCCGCGCCGGCCCCGCCCCUCCCCCGGCCCCGCCCCCUCAGCGAGGCCCCGCCCUUCCCCCGCGAGGCCCCGCCCCCUCCGGAGCGGCCGCUCCUCCCCCUCCCCCCCCUCCGCCUCCCCCUCCCCCCUCCGGGGGCGCCCCCCCCGCGACCCCCCCGGGCCGGGGGGCGCUGCUGGACCAGAUCCGCCAGGGGGUGACGCUCAACAAGACCCCUGAGACCCCCGAGGUGGGCGCGGGCCCCGGCGCGGGGGGGCUCGUGGGGGCCCUGAUGGACGUGAUGCAGAAGCGAAGCCGCGUCAUCCAUUCCUCGGAUGAAGGCACAGCCAGCGAGGAGGAGGAGGAUGAUGAUGAAUGGGACAAUUGAGACCCCCCCCCUGCACCCCCCGCUUCUAAAGACGCCCCCAGACCCAAAAUGUGCCUCCCCGACCCCUCCCCCACCCCGUCUGUGCCCCUCCCCCAGCUCGGGGGGGGGAGGGGCACCGGCUUUUCCUGCCCCCCCCUCUUUCCAUCCCAUCCCAAUUUCCCCCCCCCCGCUUGUGCCCCCCUCCCCCACCCCCGCAGAACCAAAUAAACGCGGGAGUCACGUGA